CGGAGAUAAGAAAGUAUGGAGAUUUCGGGUACACGCCCAUGGGGUUAAACAUAUACGAUACCUUACUCAGAUUCCCACCACCUCCGCCUCUCGGAGACUCAACGCUUGUGGGCCAGACCCAAGCUCUUUUGGCUUGGCUUGCCCCAUCUUCUCACGGCCUUGCGUACCUAUCUCGUCAUGUCAUCUCGACGUAUUGUGUAGGUUAUACACGGCCCCGAUUUACCCUAGGUAUGCCACAAGACGCCAUGAAACCGAUUGACCUAUUAGUUGGUCGGCCGUCCCUAAAUUUACAAGCGGCAGACAAGCUAAUAGCAGCGUCUCGAACUAUCCUGUCGCAAUCCGACAAAUCGGAGCCGGCCCUGACGUACGGCCUAGACCAUGGUGAUGACCAUAUUCGCCGGCACAUCGGGGCCUGGCUUAGCCAGAAAUAUCGCCCCGUAUCCGGCUAUAUCACCCAAGAUCGGAUCAUCAUUACUAACGGCGCCUCUGGGGCGCUUUCUGGAAUUCUGCAGAAGUUCACAGACCCGUUAUAUACGCGUCGUAUAUUUCUUGUAGAACCCACUUACUUUCUUGCUGCUCAGACCUUUCUAGAUGUAGGGUUUGGUCGGAAAAUGCGAGGGAUCCCUGAAGACGACGAAGGCAUUGACUUGGAGUAUCUGAGACGUCAGCUGGAAGAAGACAGCAAAUCCGAUGAUAGUUCGGAUGUUGACAUGCCUGCUACAAAAUUUGCUUCUCAAGGAUUUAAGAAACUUUUCAAGUAUGUCUUAUACGUGGUCCCAACACUAUCCAAUCCAACUGGGAAAACAAUGUCGAUGCAUCACCGUAUCGACCUGGUCGAAUUGGCCCGCCGGCACGAUAUGCUUUUGAUUGCAGACGAUGUUUACGACUUCCUUGCCUGGCCGACUGAUGACGAUAUCCCUCAUGAAGGUUUAGAAUUGCCCCCGAGGCUUGUGGAUAUCGACCGGCAAAUGCCUGGACUGAACGAAUGGGGGAAUGCUGUAAGUAACGGUUCGUUUUCGAAGCUGGCGGCGCCCGGCCUUCGGGUGGGGUGGUGUGAGGCGAUGCCGAACUUUAUAAACGGACUAUCUACAGUCGGGGCUACUAUGUCCGGCGGCUGUCAGGCGCAGUAUACUUCCUUCUUAGUCGACGAGAUGUUAGUGUCCGGAAUUCUGGAACAUCACAUACAGAAUACUUUGAUCCCUAUAUACCGGAGAAGAUAUAAGGCCCUUGUGCGAGCCAUUAAAACUUAUCUAUACCCACUUGGAAUCAGGAUAUCAACCGGAAAGCCAUACGAAGUGUUCGCCAUGGACGGCAAGAGUAAUCGUGUGCCGACCAUAUUAACGGGAGGUUUUUUUCUUUACGUAGAUUUUCCAAGAGGAGAUAAAUUUCCAUCCGUGACCGAAAUUAUCCGCAUUGGUCGCGAGGAGUACGGCUUAACUAUCGCACCAGGUGAAAUCUUCGCUGUUAAAGGAGACCCAAACAGUCUUGAGAGGGCUGGGUCGACAUUCAAUCUGGGCACUAGGCUAUGCUGGGCAUGGAACGAAGAAGAAGUACUGAUUGAAGCGAUGGAAAGAUUCGCGAAAGCCAUCCAGCAGGCAAAAUAGCCAAAGGUAUAACACACCUGAGGUACCUUAGGGAGUUUAAGAACCAAGAACUUUUACUUCUUUAAGACUUGGGAAUAUUGGAGUAAAAGGGGGAGGGACCUUCAUACACAUUGAAGAAGACAUUUAGCUUUUGCGACUAGCCUUCGCAGCUAUGGCAAGGACCUAGUUAAUAUAUAAUAGGAGGCGGUGGUUCUCUACCUUGGUGUGGUUCAUAAGAAGGUUAAAUGCUUACGGUGCCCGAGCUAAAAAAUGCGAUGAGGCGCAUUAAUAUCCAUAUAACUACUACUCAAUAUAU